AAAACCUGGAAGUAUUGGACGACCUUUUCAUCCUAUUAUAAGACUCUUCAGCAGAUUAUUCAUGGUGAUCUAUCUACAAUUUACUCAUAAUCUCAACUAUAAAUGAAUCACUUAAUUUGUUAAAAAAAAUAAACAAUUCAUGUUACAUCAAAUAUAAUAUAUAUUUAAUCACCAUUUUAAUAAAUAUCAUUCAAUCUCUUUUUUGUAUUUAUUCUCAAAUUUUAUUGGUUCAUUCAAUGAACAACCAAUCAGAUUUCAAUUCGAUAAAAAAAGAAAAAGUCAAAUAAAUAAACAUAAUAUUUCUGCAUACUUAAAUAAAUAAUUAACAAUUUAAUAAAAAAGAUUACUUCUAAUAAAUUACUAUAAAUUAAUAAUUAAAUAAAAUAAAUGAAUUAAAUUAUCUUAUAAUUAUGAAAUAAUUAAAUAAAUAAUUAAUUCAAUUCUAUUUUAAAAAAAAAAACAAAAAUAUUCAAUGAACGAUAAUAUUCAAUUCAAUUUAAAUUCUAUUGAAUUAAUCAAUAAUCAAACAUGUUUCUUAUCAUUAAAAACAUUUUAUGAUUUACCAUCAACAUAUCAAAUAAAUAAUAUACAAAUAAAUACUAAUUCAAUGAUACAAUCAUUACAUUAUUAUUAUUAUUAUCAUUAUUAUUAUUAUGAUUUAUUUCAAUGGAAUAUAAUUAUACCAAUAAUAAUUGUAAUUUUAACAAUUAUUGGUAAUUCAUUAGCAUGUUUUAUAGCAUUUAAUGAUAGACAUUUAAGGCAUAAAUCAAAUAUAUUUUUUAUAUCAUUAUCUAUUACUAAUAUUAUAUAUUCAAGUACAAUUAUGUUAUUUAAUAUAAUUUAUAAUCUUAUUAAUCCAUUAUAUUUUAAUGAUAUAAUAAUUAAAUUAUUUUUUUCAUUAGAUAAAUUAUUUUGUACAGUAACUAUAUUACAUUUAGUUAUAAUGGCAUUUGAUCGUUUUAUAUAUAUUAAAUCACCAUUAAAAUAUUCACGUUGUAUUAAAUUAAAAUAUUUAUUAUUUAUAUUAAUUAGUAUAUGGUUUUUAUCAUUUUUAAUAACAAUUAUACCAAUUCAAUUAAAUUGGAAUAAUAUCAAUUAUAAGCAAUGUAUAACAACUAAUAAUGAUAAUAAUAAUAAUAAUAAUGUAAUAAAUACAUAUUUUACAAAUAAAAAUUGUACAAUUGAAUCAUCAAUUAAAGAAAUUCCAUUCAAACAAAUAAAUUUAUUAUCAAUAUAUAAAAUACAAAAAAAUUUUAUAUGUCUACAUAAAGUAAAUAUAUUUUAUACUAUAACUAAUACAAUAUUUAGUUUUAUUAUACCAUUAUUAAUAAUGAUUAUAAUAUAUACAUAUUUAUUUUUAUUAACAAAACAACAUAUUAAUCGAUUAAAAAUAUUUUCAAAUUUUAAAAAUUAUUCAAAUAAUUUAAAAUUAAAUAAAAAGUUUAAUAAUCAUAAUAAUCAUAAUUCAUCAAAUUUUUUAAAAAAAUGUAAAACAUUUUUAAAUUUAAAUCAUAUUGAUUUAAAUUAUCCUGUAAAUAAAUCAAUAACAAUAUCAAUGGAUACAUUGAAAAUUCCAACAAAUUUAAAUAAUACACAAAUAAAUUAUUCAUUACGUUUAAUUAAUAUAACAAGUAAAAAUGAUUAUAUAACAAAUACAAUUAAUAAAUCAUUACAAUUAACAAAUCAUUCAUAUACAACAAUAGAUCAAUCAAUCAAUACACGACGUAAACAUAGUUUACCAUUAUAUACUAUAUCAAGAAAUUCAUCAUUGAAUACAUAUAAUAAUAUUAAUAUUAAUAAUAAUAAUAAUAAUGACAUUAAUAUAACACGUCCACAAAUAUUAAUGAAUUAUCCAGAAAAACAAAUAUAUAAUGCACAUAAAGCAGCAAUUACAUUAGGUGUAAUAUUAGGCUCAUUUACAAUAUGUUGGUUACCAUAUUUUACAAUUAAUUGUAUAGCAUCAUUUUGUGAUUGUAUUCCAAAAGAAGCUAUUUUUGCUGCAACAUGGCUUGGUUAUUUCAAUGCCUGUCUAAAUUCACUGGUAUAUUCACUAUUAAAUAAUAAUUUUCGUAUGUCCUGUGCAAAACUAUUAUGUGCUUGGCAUUACAAUCGUGAAAGACGUCAACAGUAUGGAUUAAAUCAAUUGAAACAUUUCGGUGAUACUCCGAUUCAAUUAGCACUUGGUCGUGUUCCAUGGAAUAAAUUAUGAAUAUAUUUGAACUGUAGUAAUAUAAUCUUCUUAGUAUAUAGUCAUGAUGAAACAUAUACUUAUUAUCUCACACGAUAUAAUUUCAUCAGUUUUGUGUUUUAACAAUAAACUCAACGAAAAAAUUUAUAUCAUGAAUAUAUUCCUAAAAUGAUAUAACAAUAUGAGUUCAUAUUUUGUUUUUUUUUUCUUCUCUACUCAUGCCUGUUUAGAUUACAUAACUGUACAUAUCAAACUCUUAAAAGCAAUAAUAAAAGUACUUUACAUCGAA